GGAGAGUAGAGCGUCAUUCUAGAGUGUCCUGCUAACCAGUGCGGAUGCAGACCAGCAUCGUUCUCUUUCUCCUUUACUCACUCCUUCACUCUCCUCUGCCAGAGACUGACUCUGCAUCUUCUCUCAGAUGUGCUCUCUCGCCCUGUCUCCCUCUCUCUGCAUCUCUACUGAGUGAGUGAGAGGGAAUAGGAGGCUGUGAGUGCUGCAGCGCUCCGGCGGGAGUGGACGGAGCUGCCUCAGCUGGAGCAGCAGAUUUUUGACCUCGCUGGAAGUCCACCGCAGGAUCUCUAAAGGACAGCCACCAUGUGUGACUGUUUUCAUCUGGCGUUCCCCAACUGGCAUGGGCCAGCCACGGGAGCUGGGCGUAGGCUGAGGGGACCGGAGCAAGAGACAGAGGAUGAUUCAGUAUGUGAGGAACCUGAGACUUUAGAAGGGGAACGACCUCGCCCUCAAGGCUCUUCCCCUGUAGAGGAAUUCCCAACUGAAAAACAGGCAGAGGAGGACUCACCACACAAGAGUGCCAGCAACAAAAAAGGCAGAAGACUCGGUUUUGGGUCUUUGUUUGACAAGCGCUCUUCUGCCAAAAUGAGUGAAACAGAGGACAUACAAAAUGGUGAAGCUGGAGUGAUUCUGAAAACAGUGAAAGAAACAUGUGCUGAAGGACUAGUAGUGACCGGUGGAGGGAAAGAGGGCAUCUUCAUUAAAGAAGUGAAACCAGAUUCACCUGCUUCAAAACACCUGACAGUGAAAGAGGGUGAUCAGAUCCUUAGUGCUACAGUAUUCUUUGAUAACGUGUCAUAUGAAGAUGCACUCCAAAUUCUUGAACAUGCUCAGCCAUAUAAAAUGGAAUUGUGUCUGAGACGUAAAAUGGAAUCAACCACGCCAGAAGAUGAUGAAAUUGUCCACCCAGAGGUUAUCACUGGCAAUGAGAGAGGUUCACCAGAGAUGAGAAGUCCAAGAAAGAAAAAACAGCAAGACCGUAUCUCAUGGCCAAAGUUCCCCUCUUUUGGCAAAGGACAUAGAGCGCAAUUCAAAAGAUCCCACAGCACCUCAGAAGCAGAGGAGCACAAAAAAUUAGAGAUGAGCCCACCAACAAGUGACACAGAAUCCCCACUCAAAUCACCACUAAAAUCUCCAGAUGGAAAAGACAAGAAAAAGAAGCAAAAAAUCAAACUAAAAAUGAAGAUGAAAAGCCCCAGGAGCAAGUCUGUUGAGGAAUCUCAGAGAAAUGAGAAGGAGUUGACAUCAGAGAACUUGAUAGUUUUGGAAGAUGAACAAGUUGGGGAUAUGUUAGAUGAAAAGCUCCCUGAGAAACCUGUGACACAAUUAGUAGAGAUCGCACAGGACAAUAAGGAAGCUGAAUAUGGGGAUUCAUCCAAGAUUGUGAAUGAAGUUCCAAGUUUGUCAGGAAUGGAAUUACAGCAUAAGGUUCAUCUUAUUAGUCUGAGCAAUACAUUAAAGACUACAGAUAUAUCAGAUGUUCUUGCAGAGGCUUCUGCGGGUGAUAUGAUGAUCUCAGAGGAAGGAAAGGUACAAAGAUCAGAAAUUAAAUUUAGCAUUCCUCAGAAGGACAAAUCAAAAAUAGGGGUAGAUAGCCAAUCCAAAACCAUCUUAGAAAUGAGCAGAACCCCAGAUCCAUCUGCACAUGACACUAUCAUGGUGAGUCAUGGGGCGAUAUCACAGGCAGAGAGUGAAACUUCUCAACUUGUCACUGACAUCAAAACAGAGGUUAUCAGCAAGGACAGUUCCGAGAAAAACUUGGGAUCUGGGGAUAUGAAAAUGAGCAUGCCCAAACUAGAUGUUUCUUUAGAUUUGCCAGAUAUAGGAGUACUGAAACAAUCACCAAGGUCUGUCAGUGAAAAGCAGUGGAAGGAAGGAACUAUAUUUGAAAAUGAGAUAUACGGGAUUCGAACCAGAGGUCCAUUGGCAGACAUAGUCACUUCGAAGUCUCACUUUACUAGUCCAGUAAACGGGCUUCAGUUUACGCCACCAGAUUCUUCUGAGAUGAUAAGAGAGAGCAAUAUGCCUGAAACCAUCACUGUUAUUUCCCAACCAGAGCUUAAUGACCUCAGUGCAGUUUCUGCCAUAGAUGCAAAGGACUCACAUUUGGAAAUAAAAACUUCUAAGCUACCAACAGAGGCAAAUAUUGAUGACAUUCUAGUAGGUUUAGAUAAAAGAUCAGAAUCAAAGUUUAAGGUACCAAAGGUUGAUCUCACUGGUUGUGUAAUCCAAGAACCAACCAAAAUGACACAUCUCCCAAAACGAGAAGACAUUGAGAUUCCAGGGAUGGAAGAUAAAAAAUCAAAGCCUAGUCUUCAGACUCCUGAAAUUAAGGUACCAAAAAUUAUAAAUAUUACUAAGGAGAAAGAAAUUAAGGCUCAACGAACAGAUGAAGAGUUCAAUGUUGAGGAUGUUAAAGAAGCUGUUUCCAAAUUCCCAGCUUUGAAACUGCCUGAAGGGGACAUCACAGGAGUGCUUGUGCAAAGAGAAAUCACAAUUAUGGAAAUGAAGGCAGAUAAGACUAGCACAACCCCUAGGGGAUCUCCUCGUAAAAUAUCAGGCGCAAGUGAUAGUAGCAUUACUAUAACUAAAAGCAAAAUAGGUGAAGAAAAGUCAACAGCUUCUCAUAAGGACACAGUAAUCAAGAUACCAAAAGUUGAACCACUUUAUGCUGAUGAGCAAACAAUAACCAUGACCAAGAUAGACUACUCAAAGCCAAAAGGUGAAACCCAGCAAACAAAAACUGAUAAGCUACUGAUUAGAGAUGAUGGGCAAAUAGGAGAUGUUAAAUUCAAACUCCCAAAAAGAGAAGACAUUGAAAUCCCCGGGAUGGAAGCCAUAGAGGAAUCAACUGUUCAAAACAUAGAUAUGAAAGUAAUCAAAGACCAGCGUCACGCCCCAGGAUUACAAGGCAUGAGCAGUUCACUUUUAGUUGAACAGCCCAGUGUACAGAUUGCUGUACAGUCGGAUAUUGAAACGAGCAAAAUGAAGAAACAUGGUGACAAGAAAGGACAGGAAAAGAAAUCAAAAAAACCCAAAGUAAGCAUGCCAAGCUUUGGGAUCACAAAACCUGACAUUAGAUUCCCAGAUGUUGGAAUUGAAAUACCAAAGAAGGAUGUGCCCUCUAAAAAGGACACUGGAGAAAUAAGGGAGACAAAAUUGAAAGCAGAUGUACCUCAUAGUGAUAUCAAGCUCAAAGAUGCUUCUCUUCCUGAACACACAGACCUCACACUUUAUAGAAAGGAGACCACUAGCUCAAUGCCAGAUCAGAAAACAACUGAUGACUUUAAAAUAACUGUUGAUAAAAAAACUGAAUCAAUAAAUUUAACAAAAUUUGAUGAUUUCACGGUUAAAGCUCCAAAAGCAGCAGUAGACAUUUCUGUUGUCGAUGUACAAGACACAAAAUUAACUGACAUUAAAUGCCCUGAGAAAGACAAAGAAGGGGAUUCUGUUAAUGUGGAUAUAAAGGCUCAGGAUAUUAAAACUGAAGGGCAAGGGAGAAAGUUCAAAUUGCCAAAAUUUGAAAUCAGUUUUCCUGAGGUAAAAGCACCAAAAAUCAGUGCAUCCAAGAAAGAGGGUGAUCUUUCCAGAGCAGACAGAAAGACAGAAGUUCCAGCAAUGCAUGGUGAAAUGCCAUAUGUGCAAAUUGAAAAAGAGGCAGAUAAACAAGAACUACAUUCUAAAGGUCUUGAAAUGAAGAUACAGAGACCAACCUUUGAGUUCCCCAAGUUUGGAUUUUCCAAAUCAGAAAGUAAGGAAACAGAAGCUGAUAUGAGCGUUCCGACAAUUGAUGUUUCUAUACUGGAUGGCAGUGCUGCUGGAGCAAACACAGGCAUUACAGCUACUGUGUGUGAUGCUGGACAAAAAGAUGAAUCAAAGUUUGGCGCUUCUACAAAUAUUAAACUCCCUUCAAUCAGUGUCUCAAAGUUAGGAGCUAAAACUCCAACAGACAUGUCUGCUAUGGACAUACAUGUUAAAGAACAUGAGGAAGAAUUGAAACUGAAAGCCAAACUACCAUCACUUGACGGAGAUUUUAAACUACCAGCUAAGCCACUAUCAGAACUUGAAAAAAGCGUAUGUGACACGCAAGUAAAAUUGUCAGCCGAGCCACAAUCAGCUGAUAUAAAAGCACUUGAAAUACACAAAGAAGAAGAGACGCUCAGUGUUGAUACGAAAGCUCAGGAUAUUCAAAUUGAAGGUCAAUCAAGUAAGUUCAAAUUGCCAAAAUUUGGGAUCAGACUUCCGGAAAUAAAAAAAACAAAAAUAGAUUUAAGUGGGGCCAAGACAGAACUUGAGGUUUCUCUACCUGAACGAAAAGCAGAAGUGCCUCCCCAGGAUGAAGUGCAAGAUGUAAAAACCAGUGCUAAAGCUCAUGUACCAGAAUUAGAUUCUAAAGAUUCUGAUGUGAAAGCAAAGCAAACAAGCUUUUCAUUUCCUAGAUUUGGGUAUUCGAAGUCAGAAGUGAAGGUCUCAGACACUGAUGUCAAUCUCCCAGAUAUUGAUGUUUCACUACCAGAAGGAGGUGCAGAACUGGAAAGGACAAAUACAAACAUUACAGUUUCAAUAGUGGACACUGGUGAAAAAGGCGAAACAAAGUCUGGCUAUCCAGCAAAAUUUAAAAUUCCAUCAAUCACACUCCCAACAUUUGGAGCAAAAGCUCCAAGUGAGGCAAAGGACAUCUCUGCUGUGGAUGCGCAAGCUAAAGGAACAGAGAUAAGCCUGAAGGAAACGGAGUUAAAAUUGUCAGCCGAGCCACUAUCAACUGAUAAGAAGGUGCCUGAUUUUGAAUUACAAGAAAAAUCUGUGGCUAUGAAAGCUCAAAGCAUCCAAAAUGAAGGGCAAGGGAGUAAGUUUAAAUUGCCAAAAUUUGGGAUCAACCUUCCUGAAGUAAAAGGACCAAAAAUAGGUUCAAUAGGAUUAAGUGCAGCCAAGACAGAAACUGACAUUUCUCUACCGGAGGUAAAGAUGGAAGUGCAUCCCUCUGAUAUUGAAGUGCAAGAGGGACAAAUUGAAGUGAAAGCCGAAGCGCCAGAGAUAAAUUCUAAAGGUCUUGAAGUGAAAACAAAGCAAUCAAGUUUUUCAUUUCCCAAAUUUGGAUUUUCUAAAUCUGACACCAGUGAAGUGAUAAAAGUAGGAGGAAUCUCCACUGUGGAUUUACAAGCGAAAGGAUCAGAAAUAAGUGUACCAGAUGCAGGGUUAAAAUUAACAGCUGAGCCACUGUCUGUUGAUAUAAAGGGGCCUAAAAUAGAAAAAGAAGUGAAAUCUCUUAGCAUUGAUAUGAAGGCUCAAGACAUUCAAAUUCCAAGUUCAGCCAAAACAGAGAUGGACACUUCUCUACCAGAGGGAAAGAUAGAAGUGCAUCCACCUGAUGCUGAAUUGCCAGAAGGAGCAUUCAAAGUGAGAGCUGACAUACCAGAAAUAGACUCUAAAGGUACUGAUAUUUCAUUACCAGAAGAAAAUGUAGAAGUGGAAGGACCACACACAGAUCUUACAUUAUCAAUGGGUGAUACUGGACAAAAAGAUGAAACAAAGUUUGAUUCUUCAAUAAAAUUUAGACUUCCUUCAAUCACACUCCCAAAAUUUGGAACUAAAGCUUCAACGGGGAUUGUAGACAUUCCUGCUGUGGAUGUACAAGCUAAAGGACCAGAAAUAAGUCUACCAGAAGCAGAGUUCAAAUUUUCUGCUGAGCCACUAAUAGUGGAUAUAAAGGGGCCUGAUGUAGAAAAAGAGGAGACAUCUCUUAGGGUGGAUAUGAAGGGUCAAGACAUUCAAACUGAAGGACAAGGGAUUAAGAUCAAAUUGCCAAAAUUUGGGAUCGGCCUUCCUGAAGUAAAAGGACCAAAAAUAGAUUCAAGAGCAACCAAGACAGAGAUUGACAUUUCUCUACCAAAGGGAAAGAUGGAGGUGCAUCCACCUGAUGUUGAACUGCUUGAGGGAGAUAUUGAAGUGAAAGCUGAAAUACCAGAAAUAGAUUCUGAAAGUCUUGAAGUGAAAACAAAGGGCUCAAGCUUUUCAUUCCCAAAAUUUGGAUUUUCUAAAUCUGAAGUGAAGGCUCCAAAAGCUGAUGCAAGUCUUCCAGUUGUUGAUGUUUCAUUACCAGAGGGAAAUGUAGAACUGGAAGGACCAAAGGCAGACAUUACAGUAUCAAUGGGUGACACUGGACAAAAGGAUGAAACAAAGUUCGGCUCUCCAACAAAGUUUAAACUUCCUUCAAUCACACUCCCAAAAUUUGGUGCUAAAACUUCAAAGGGGGCUGUAGAAAUCUCUGCUGUGGAUGUGCAAAGGAAAGGAUAUGACAUAAAUCUACCAGAAGCAGAGCUAAAAUUAUCAGCUGAGCCAUUGUCUGUUGAUAUAAAAGGGCCUGAUGUAGAACUAGAGAAGUCUCUCAAUGUCAAUAUGAAGACUCAAGACACUGAAAUUGAAGAGCAAGGGAGUAAGUUCAAAUUGCCAAAAUUUGGGAUUAGCCUUCCUGAGGUAACAGGACCAAAAGUAGGCUCACAUGCAGCCAAGACAGACAUUGACAUUUCUCUACCAGAAGGAAAGAUGGAGGUGUAUCCACCUGAUGCUAAACUACCAGAAGGAGCCAUUGAUGUGAAAGCUGACAUACCAGAAAUAGAUUCUAAAGGUCUUGAUGUGAAAACAAAGCGACAUAGCUUUUCAUUCCCAAAAUUUGGAUUUUCUAAAUCUGAAAUGAAGGCUCCAAAAGCUGAUGCAAGUCUUCCAGUUGUUGAUGUUUCAUUACCUGAAGGAAAGGUAGAACUGGAAGGACCAAAGGCGGACAUUACAGUAUCAAUGGGUGAUAAUGAACAAAAGGAUGAAACAAAGUUUGGCUCUCCAACGAAAUUUAAACUUCCUUCAAUCACACUCCCAAAAUUUGGAGCUAAAGCUCCAAAGGAAAAUCUAGACAUUCCUGCUGUGGAUGUACAAGCUAAAGGACCGGAAAUAAGUCUACCAGAAGCAGAGUUAAAAUUGACUGCCAAGCCACUAUCAGUGGAUAUAAAGGGGCCUGAUGUAGAACUAGAGAAGUCUCUCAAUGUGGAUAUAAAAGCUCAAGAUAAUCAAACUGAAAGGCAAGGGAUUGAGUUCAAAUUGCCAAAAUUUGGGAUCAGCCUUCCUGAAGUAAAAGGACCAAAAAUAGGUGCAAGUGCAGCCAAGACAGAGAUUGACAUUUCUCUACCAGAGGGAAAAAUGGAGGUGCAUCCAACUGAUCCUAAACUACCAGAAGGAGCCAUUGCAGUGAAGGCUGACAUACCAGAAAUAGAUUCUGAAAGUCUUGAAGUGAAAACCAAGGGCUCAAGCUUUUCAUUCCCAAAAUUUGGAUUUUCUAAAUCUGAAGUGAAGGCUCCGAAAGCUGAUGCAAGUCUUCCAGUUGUUGAUGUUUCAUUACCAGAGGGAAAAGUAGAACUGGAAGGACCAAAGGCAGACAUUACAGUAUCAAUGGGUGAUACUGGACAAAAGGAUGAAACAAAGUUUGGCUCACCAACGAAGUUUAAACUUCCUUCAAUCACACUCCCAAAAUUUGGAGCUAAGGCUCCAAAGGGGACUGUAGACAUUCCUGCUGUGGAUGUACAAGCUAAAGGACCGGAAAUAAGUCUACCAGAAGCAGAAUUAAAAUUGACUGCCGAGCCAAUAUCAGUUGAUAUAAAGGGGCCUGAUGUAGAGCUAGAGAAGUCUCUCAAUGUGGAUAUGAAGACUCAAGAUAUUCAAACUGAAGGGCACGGGAUUAAGUUCAAAUUGCCAAAAUUUGGGAUCAGCCUUCCUGAAGUAAAAGGACCAAAAAUAAGUUCAAGAGCAGCCAAGACAGAGAUUGACAUUUCUCUACCAGAGGGAAAGAUGGAGGUGCAUCCACCUGAUGCUAAACUACCAGAAGGAGCCAUUGAAGUCAAAGCUGACAUACCAGAAAUAGAUUCUGAAAGUCUUGAAGUGAAAACCAAGGGCUCAAGCUUUUCAUUCCCAAAAUUUGGAUUUUCUAAAUCUGAAAUGAAGGCUCCAAAAGCUGAUGCAGGUCUUACAGUUGUUGAUGUUUCAUUACCAGAGGGAAAAGUAGAACUGGAAGGACCAAAGGCAGACAUUACAGUAUCAAUGGGUGAUACUGGACAAAAGGAUGAAACAAAGUUUGGCUCACCAACAAAGUUUAAACUUCCUUCAAUCACACUCCCGAAAUUUGGAGCUAAAGUUCCAAAGGGAAAUGUAGACAUUCCUGCUGUGGAUGUACAAGCUAAAGGACCAGAAAUAAGUCUACCAGAAGCAGAAUUAAAAUUGACUGCCAAGCCAAUAUCAGUGGAUAUAAAAGGGCCUGAUGUAGAACUAGAGAAGUCUUUUAAUGUGGAUAUAAAGGCUCAAGAUAAUCAAUCUGAAGGGCAAGGGAUUGAGUUCAAAUUGCCAAAAUUUGGGAUCAGCCUUCCUGAAGUAAAAGGACCAAAAAUAGGUGCAAGUGCAGCCAAGACAGAGAUUGACAUUUCUCUACCAGAGGGAAAGAUGGAGGUGCAUCCACCUGAUGCUAAACUACCAGAAGGAGCCAUUGAAGUCAAAGCUGACAUACCAGAAAUAGAUUCUGAAAGUCUUGAAGUGAAAACCAAGGGCUCAAGCUUUUCAUUCCCUAAAUUUGGAUUUUCUAAAUCUGAAAUGAAGGCUCCAAAAGCUGAUGCAAGUCUUCCAGUUGUUGAUGUUUCAUUACCAGAAGGAAAAGUAGAACUGGAAGGACCAAAUGCAGACAUUACAGUAUCAAUGGGUGACACUGGACAAAAGGAUGAAACAAAGUUUGGCUCACCAACGAAGUUUAAACUUCCUUCAAUCACACUCCCAAAAUUUGGAGCUAAGGCUCCAAAGGGGACUGUAGAAAUCUCUGCUGUGGAUGUACAAGCUAAAGGACCGGAAAUAAGUCUACCAGAAGCAGAAUUAAAAUUGACUGCCAAGCCAAUAUCAGUUGAUAUAAAGGGCCCUGAUGUAGAACUUGAGAAGUCUCUCAGUGUGGAUAUGAAGACUCAAGACAUUCAAACUGAAGGGCACGGGAUUAAGUUCAAAUUGCCAAAAUUUGGGAUCAGCCUUCCUGAAGUAAAAGGACCAAAAAUAGGUGCAAGUGCAGCCAAGACAGAGAUUGACAUUUCUCUACCAGAGGGAAAGAUGGAGGUGCAUCCACCUGAUGCUAAACUACCAGAAGGAGCCAUUGAAGUCAAAGCUGACAUACCAGAAAUAGAUUCUGAAAGUCUUGAAGUGAAAACAAAGGGCUCAAGCUUUUCAUUCCCAAAAUUUGGAUUUUCUAAAUCUGAAAUGAAGGCUCCAAAAGCUGAUGCAAGUCUUCCAGUUGUUGAUGUUUCAUUACCAGAGGGAAAAGUAGAACUGGAAGGACCAAACACAGACAUUACAGUAUCAAUGGGUGAUACUGGACAAAAGGAUGAAACAAAGUUUGGCUCUCCGACAAAAUUUAAACUUCCUUCAAUCACACUCCCAAAAUUUGGAGCUAAGGCUCCAAAAGGGAAUGUAGACAUUCCUGCUGUGGAUGUACAAGCUAAAGGACCAGAAAUAAGUCUACCAGAAGCAGAAUUAAAAUUGACUGCUGAGCCAAUAUCAGUGGAUAUAAAGGGGCCUGAUGUAGAACUAGAGAAGUCUUUUAAUGUGGAUAUGAAGACUCAAGACAUUCAAAUUGAAGGGCACGGGAUUAAGUUCAAAUUGCCAAAAUUUGGGAUCAGCCUUCCUGAAGUAAAAGGACCAAAAAUAGGUGCAAGUGCAGCCAAGACAGAGAUUGACAUUUCUCUACCAGAGGGAAAGAUGGAGGUGCAUCCACCUGAUGCUAAACUACCAGAAGGAGCCAUUGAAGUCAAAGCUGACAUACCAGAAAUAGAUUCUGAAAGUCUUGAAGUGAAAACCAAGGGCUCAAGCUUUUCAUUCCCAAAAUUUGGAUUUUCUAAAUCUGAAAUGAAAGCUCCAAAAGCUGAUGCAAGUCUUCCAGUGGUUGAUGUUUCAUUACCAGAGGGAAAAGUAGAACUGGAAGGACCAAAGGCAGACAUUACAGUAUCAAUGGGUGAUACUGGACAAAAAGAUGAAACAAAGUUUGGCUCUCCAACAAAGUUUAAACUUCCAUCAAUCACACUCCCAAAAUUUGGAGCUAAAGUUCCAAAGGGAAAUGUAAACAUUCCUGCUGUGGAUGUACAAGCUAAAGGACCAGAAAUAAGUCUACCAGAAGCAGAAUUAAAAUUGACUGCUGAGCCAAUAUCAGUUGAUAUAAAGGGGCCUGAUGUAGAACUAGAGAAGUCUCUCAAUGUGGAUAUGAAGGGUCAAGAUAUUCAAACUGAAGGGCAAGGGAUUGAGUUCAAAUUGCCAAAAUUUGGGAUCAGCCUUCCUGAAGUAAAAGGACCAAAAAUAGGUUCAAGUGCAGCCAAGACAGAGAUUGACAUUUCUCUACCAGAGGGAAAGAUGGAAGUGCAUCCACCUGAUGCUAAACUACCAGAAGGAGCCAUUGAAGUCAAAGCUGACAUACCAGAAAUAGAUUCUGAAAGUCUUGAAGUGAAAACAAAGGGCUCAAGCUUUUCAAUCCCAAAAUUUGGAUUUUCUAAAUCUGAAAUGAAGGCUCCAAAAGCUGAUGCAAGUCUUCCAGUUGUUGAUAUUUCAUUACCAGAGGGAAAAGUAGAACUGGAAGGACCAAAGGCAGACAUUACAGUAUCAAUGGGUGAUACUGGACAAAAGGAUGAAACAAAGUUUGGCUCUCCAACAAAGUUUAAACUUCCAUCAAUCACACUCCCAAAAUUUGGAGCUAAAGCUCCAAAGGGGACUGUAGAAAUCUCUGCUGUGGAUGUGCAAGGUAAGGGAUAUGAUAUAAGUCUACCAGAAGCAGAGCUAAAAUUAUCAGCUGAGCCAUUGUCAGUUGAUAUAAAGGGGCCUGACAUAGAACUAAAGGAGAAGACUCUCAGUGUGGAUGUGAAGGCUCAAGACAUUCAAACUGAAGGGGAAGGGAUUAAGUUUAAAUUACCAAAAUUUGGGAUCAGCCUUCCUGAGGUAACAGGACCAAAAGUAGGCUCAAGUGCAGCCAAGGCAGACAUUGACAUUUCUCUACCAGAAGGAAAGAUGGAGGUGUAUCCACCUGAUGCUAAACUACCAGAAGGAGCCAUUGAUGUCAAAGCUGACAUACCAGAAAUAGAUUCUAAAGGUCUUGAUGUGAAAACAAAGGGCCCAAGCUUUUCAUUCCCAAAAUUUGGAUUUUCUAAAUCUGAAAUGAAGGCUCCAAAAGCUGAUGCAAGUCUUCCAGUUGUUGAUGUUUCAUUACCAGAAGGAAAUGUAGAACUGGAAGGACCGAAAACAGACAUCACAGUGUCAACAAAUGAUACUGAACAAAAGGAUAAAACAAAGUUUGGCUCACCAACGAAAUUUAAACUUCCUUCAAUUACACUCCCAAAAUUUGGAGCUAAAGCUCCAAAGGGAAAUGUAGACAUUCCUGCUGUGGAUGUACAAGCUAAAGGACCGGAAAUAAGUCUAACAGAAGCAGAGUUAAAUUUGACUGCCAAGCCACUAUCAGUGGAUAUAAAGGGGCCUGAUGUAGAAAAAGAGGGGAAAUCUCUUACAGUGGAUAUGAAGGGUCAAGAUAUUCAAACUGAAGGGCAAGAGAUUAAGUUCAAAUUACCAAAAUUUGGGAUUGGCCUUCCUGAAGUAAAAGGACCAAAAAUAAGUUCAAGUGCAGCCAAGACAGAGAUUGACAUUUCUCUACCAGAGGGAAAGAUGGAAGUGCAUCCACCUGAUGCUAAACUACCAGAAGGAGCCAUUGAAGUCAAAGCUGACAUACCAGAAAUAGAUUCUAAAGGUCUUCAUGUGAAAACAAAUCGCUCAAGCUUUUCAAUCCCAAAAUUUGGAUUUUCUAAAUCUGAAAUGAAGGCUCCAAAAGCUGAUGCAAGUCUUCCAGUUGUUGAUAUUUCAUUACCAGAGGGAAAAGUAGAACUGGAAGGACCAAACACAGACAUUACAGUAUCAAUGGGUGAUACUGGACAAAAGGAUGAAACAAAGUUUGGCUCUCCGACAAAAUUUAAACUUCCUUCAAUCACAUUCCCAAAAUUUGGAGCUAAAGUUCCAAAGGGAAAUGUAGACAUUCCUGCUGUGGAUGUACAAGCUAAAGGACCGGAAAUAAGUCUACCAGAAGCAGAGUUAAAACUGUCAGCUGAGCCACUAUCUGUUGAUAUAAAAGGGCCUGAUAUAGAACUCGAGAAGUCUCUCGAUGUGGAUAUGAAGGGUCAAGACACUGAAAUUGAAGAACAAGGUAGUAAGUUCAAAUUGCCAAAAUUUGGGAUUAGUCUUCCUGAGGUCAAAGGACCAAAAAUAAGUUCAAGUGCAGCCAAGACAGAGAUUGACAUUUCUCUACCAGAGGGAAAAAUGGAGGUGCAUCCACCUGAUGCUAAACUACCAGAAGGAGCCAUUGAAGUCAAAGCUGACAAACCAGAAAUAGAUUCUAAAGGUCUUGAUGUGAAAACCAAGCGACCAAGCUUUUCAUUCCCAAAAUUUGGAUUUUCUAAAUCUGAAGUGAAGGCUCCAAAAGCUGAUGCAAGUCUUCUAGUUGUUGAUGUUUCAUUACCAGAGGGAAAUGUAGAACUGGAAGGACCAAACACAGACAUUACAGUAUCAAUGGGUGAUACUGGACAAAAGGAUGAAACAAAGUUUGGCUCACCAACAAAAUUAAAUUUUCCUUCAAUUACACUCCCAAAAUUUGGAGCUAAAGCUCCAAAAGGGACUGUAGACAUUCCUGCUGUGGAUGUACAAGCUAAAGGACCGGAAAUAAGUCUACCAGAUGCAGAGUUAAAAUUUUCUGCUGAGCCACUAUCAGUUGAUAUAAAGGGGCCUGAUGUAGAAAAAGAGGGGAAAUCUCUUAGGGUGGAUAUGAAGACUCAAGACAUUCAAAUUGAAGAGGGAGGGAGUAAGUUCAAAUUACCAAAAUUUGGGAUCGGCCUUCCUGAAGUAAAAGGACCAAAAAUAAGUUCAAGUGCAGCCAAGACAGAGAUUGACAUUUCUCUACCAGAGGGAAAGAUGGAGGUGCAUCCACCUGACGCUAAACAGCCAGUAGGAGCCAUUGCAGUGAAGGCUGACAUACCAGAAAUAGAUUCUAGAGGUCUUGAAGUGAAAACAAAGGGCCCAAGCUUUUCAUUCCCCAAAUUUGGAUUUUCUAAAUCUGAAAUAAAGGAUCCAAAAGCUGAUGCAAGUCUUCCAGUUGUUGAUGUUUCAUUAACAGAGGGAAAAGUAGAACUGGAAGGACCAAACACAGACAUUACAGUAUCAAUGGGUGAUACUGGACAAAAGGAUGAAAGAAAGUUUGGCUCUCCCACAAAGUUUAAACUUCCUUCAAUCACACUCCCAAAAUUUGGGGCUAAAGCUCCAAAAGGGAAAGUAGACAUGCCUGCUGUGGAUGUACAAGUCAAAGGACAUGAUAUAAGUCUACCAGAAGCAGAGCUGGAAUUAUCAGCCGAGCCACUACCAGCUGAUGUAAUGGUGAGUGAUAUCAACAAACAGGACAUAUCUCUCAGUGUUGAUAUGAAAGCUCAAAACAUCCACACUGAAGGGCAAGGAAGUAAGUUCAAGCUGCCAAAAUUUGGGAUCGGCCUUCCUGAGGUAAAAGGACCAAAAGUAGGUUCAAGGGAGGCCAAGAAAGAGUUGGACAUUACUCUACCAGAGGGAAAGAUGGAAGUGCAUCCACCUGAUGUUGAAAUCAGUGCAGAAAUAUCAGUACCUGAAAAAGAUAUUGAAUUAAAUGCCCGCGAUCAACAUCUAAAAUUACACGAUUCCCAGGCUGAAGUUGAAAUUAAAGACACAAUUCAAAAACCUCCAGAAACAGCUGUUAAGACUGAACAAGAAGAAAAAGGCUCACCAAGUAAAUUCAAACUUCCUACUAUCAAAAUGUCAAAGAUCAGUAUUUCAAAAACAAAAUCUCAGGAUGGAGACAAUGAUACAGGCAUGAGAGUUCAUGUUCCAGAGGUCAUUUUAGAAUCCAAACAUAAGAAAGAGACACAAGGACAGGAAAAAUCAUCCAGAUUUACAAUGCCAACACUUGGUGAUGUUCUCAGGGGCUUUGAUGUUGAAUUUAAUGUGCCCACAUUAGAUGAAACUGAAAGGGCAAAAACAGAAACAGCUCCUGCGAAGCUGGAAUUCAGUCUGCCUUCAGAAGAAGGUGAUAAGAUAGCAGACUCAGAGGCCAAUCUUGAAAACAAUGAAAAAAAGAUUAUGGUUCAGACUGAUCAGAAACCAGAGGAUGAGGAAAAACAAACAAAACCUGAAAAGAGUAGCUGGUUCAGAUUUCCCAAGUUUUCAUCUCCUACCAAAACAGCGAAGGUUGUUGAAAAAGAAUCUUCUCAGCCACCUAAGGAAACUGAAGAGAGCUCAGUGAAUGAUAACAAAGAGAAAGAGCCUGAGCUGAGUUCCGCAAGAGGGACUGAAGAGGACAGUCCAACGUUGUCACUGAGAUCGUCUGAUGCAUUUGCUGAUGUAAGUUCUGCACAAACAUCUGAACAGGUUGGCCUCUCACUGACAUCUCCUACAAAAGUCAAAGUGAAAUAUUCUGAAUCAAGUGCAACUGUUGAGAUUGGUGACUUACAUGGUGAUGUUAUUACUUCAACAGCCAGGACUGAACUAAUAACUAUGGAGCCCCACCAGCCAGAGAAAGUAAACAUACCAUGCUCUUCUGAAAUGUCUUCUUCUUCAGUGGAUACUAUGAGACAGAUGUCAGGAGAAAUUCACAUGAUUGUGUCAAAUAUACAAAAUGUACCAAGCACACAACGCACCACAAUCAUCACAAAUGUAGAUACACAAGAUGUUCAAUCCUUGCCUCUAGAGAGAGUAGCAAUGCAGUCCGACUCAGUGUUGUCAGUUGAGAACACAAGAGUGCGAAAAGAGAGACACACCGUGGUGGAGAGGCAUAUUGUAAAAGAAAUGUCUGGUGAGGAGAAAGUAUUUGUGACAAGGAGAACACAGGUUUUUGAGGGGGACUCUGUGGAGCCUAUCUCUGAUGACACUGCCUUCUCAAUUCAAAAGCUGAGAGACACUGUGCACACUGAGAAAAUGAGAUUUUUUGAGAGUGCAGAAUCAAAUGAACAAAAUACAAUGAGCAAUGAAACAUCUUUAAAGUAUAUAGAUUCCUCCACAGAAGAGAACGAGGGGAAAUGA